AUGCAAACAGAUAUCCCUAACGACCUGACAGUCAGCCCUGACACAAAGUCGACUCUGGAACCCACUUCUCCUUCAUCUCCUCCUUCUUUGCCCUCAGACCUUCCUGCACCACUGAAGCACCAGGACAUUGACACCAACUCUACAGAGACCACCCCACCCAGCACCACAACCACCAUCACCACCGACCAAGCAGCAUCAAAACUCCAAGGUCCCCAAGAUGCUAAAACAACCUCUGCCAUCUCAGAGAUCACACAAGCAAUCGCCAACGCUAGUCUCGAGGACACAGAUACCGACGUCGCUCAGGGCGACAAAUAUGCUCGCGCCCAAGGAGUCGAUCGGGACUACACAGCAGCAAUGGACUACUAUCUCAAAGCAGCAGAGAGAAGCAACCCAGCCGCACAGAACAGGAUCGGUGACCUCUACCGGUUCGGCAAUGGCGUCACUCAAGAUUUCUCGGCCGCAAUGAUGUGGUACCGCAAGGCCGCUGAUCAGGACGAUCCAACAGGUUACCACAACAUCGGUCAAACAUACGACUAUGCCCUCGGGGUUCCUCAGGACUAUAGUUUGGCCAUGAAGUGGUACCGUAAGGCCGCCGAGAAAAGCUAUGCGCCGGCCCAGUACUGUAUUGGUGGACUGUACUACCAAGGGUAUUCUGUGGAAAAGGAUUGUGGAAAGGCCAUGGAAUGGUUUCUGAAAGCUGCUGAGCAGCAUUAUGCGGAGGCUGAGUUCGGGAUCGGAUUGGUGUAUAUGCAAGGCGAGGGAAUCCCUGUUGACAACGAGAUGGCGAUGGAGUGGUUCAAUAGAGGCAUUGAGCAUGAGGAUGGUACUGGAUGGAGCGAUUUUGCAAAGGGUUAUCUUUCCCUCCACGGUCUGGGCGGCGUUACUCAGGAUCUUACGGUGGCGUAUGAGUACUUUGUGAAGGCGGUCGAACAAGGAAAUUAUUAUGCACGGAUCCCGAUCGGUGACAUGUACAGUCUAGGCGUUGGCGUCGUUCAGGACUACGGCAAGGCGAUGGAGUGGCUCCUCGGGCCUGCGUCUCAAGGUCAUCCGGAUGCACUGCAUCAGAUCGGUGCAUUCUACUACAAGGGGCUGGGGGUUCCCUCCGACUAUUGCGAGGCGUUCAAGUGGAUCUCCAAGGCUGCUCAGUACGAAUUCUUGCCGGCGAUGACCGACAUGGGACUCAUGUACUGUAAUGGACGGGGUGUUGAUCUGGAUUACGACCAAGCUCGAGCCUGGUUCCUCAAGGCGGCUACAAAGGGUCGUGCAAUUGCCCAGUGCGAGCUCGGGUUCAUGUACCACGAGGGUCACGGAGGCCCCGUAGACUACCAAUCCGCUUACGAAUGGUUCCUCAAAGCCGCCGAACAAGGCCUCGCAGCCGCCCAAGGAUAUAUCGGCAACAUGUACCACCGCGGCCGAGGCCUCCCCCAGGACUACGCCAAGGCCGAAGAAUGGCUCCUCAAGGCCGCAGAACAAGGCAGCGCACAUGCCCAGGUAGAGAUCGGGGCCAUGUAUUUCCAUGGAGAAGGUGUUCCUCAAAACCAAGCGUUAGGGUUCGAAUGGUGUCUCAAGGCAGCCGAGCAGGGCGAUGACGAGGCGCAGUGCUAUGUAGGAGUCAUGUACAGUCUUGGGCAAGGGACGUACCAGAGCCAUAUCAAGGCCGUCGAGUGGUUGCGCAAGUCUGCGGAGCAAGGGUACGCAACGGCACAGUUUCAACUCGGGAAUGCGUAUAUCAACCGCAAGGGAGUCGCGAUGGACAUUGAUACUGCUAUGGACUGGCUCCGUCAGGCGGCGGAGCAAGGGCAUGAGGAGGCCAAAGUGACUUUGGACCACCUUCAAGUCAACUCUGAGAGGCUGAGGAAUGGGGAUUAG